AUGCCUUCUAUUCCAAAACCCUCGGACGGCGCGGCAGCUGGCGGCUCGUCCAUGCCGUCCAGUGCUAGAGCGAAAACGCUCUACGAAACCCUCGGCGUCGCGCCGACUGCCACGACAGCAGAGAUCACUACGGCGUAUCGUAAGCUCGCCUUGGCCUACCAUCCAGACCGGCCCGAAGGCUCCAAGGAAAAGUUUCAGGAGCUCAGCAGCGCGUACGAGAUGCUGAACAACCCCACAAACCGGUCCAGGUACGACACCCUCAUGAAAAGCAAGCCUGUGCUCAAGAACUUCAAACGACCACCCCCGAUGGAGAACGUGGACAAGCCGGUGUACACGCUGUUAGCGGACCUGGCCUUCUACGAGUUCGAGGCUGCUCCGAACAAGCUGCGUUGUAGUUUUCACUACGGCGACGGCAUCGAGUUCAACGGUGAGCGCGGCAGCUUCAUCGGGCUUGCCGGCGACGGGUAUGUGUACUGGUCCGUCAACGGACGAGGCUACGCGACGCAGCUGUUCAAAGCCGACAGCGACAUGGCGCUGUCCAACGUGCGUGUCGUCUAUCGCAGUAACAUGGGACUGCUCCGCAAGCCGCUGGCGCGCUCCUGGGCCGGCAGCAACGCUUCUCCCCCGCAGCAGCCGCUGCGCUCGUCGACCCGCCCGUCCGCCAGCAGCGUGCAGAGCGGCGGGUCAGCCCACGGCUCCAAAACAGCAGGCCGCGGUGGCCCUCGCCCGUCUGAGGCAGAGCGCAUCCGCGAGCAGCUGCGCAGAAAGGAGCGCCACCGCAGCAUCGCGAAACGGCUGGAGACGAUCGAGAAGGACGAAGCGGAAGAGCGUAAUUACUUAGAGCGCAGACUGUGGGAUCGAUUCUGCACGCUGCAAACAAACCUCGAAGCUGGCAUGCGGUGUGUGACGCUUGGGAUGCCCGUUACGGCGGAGCUGGCCUUGUUUAUGGGCUACACCUCAUCCGAAGCGGUGCCGCUGAUGUCGCCUGUGCCGGGCAACCUCCCAGGUGCGGCAGAGAUCGUGUCUCCUCAAGCGGCUGCGCUGUGGGUGGACCCGCUGGAGGGCAGCACGGCGACGGGGGAUGACACGGCGCACCCCGCAAAUGACGAAUUUGAUCAACAGCAGCAGCCGUCGCCGUCUCCGCCGUCUCCCUCCUCUCCCUCCUCUGCCUCCUCGCGGUCGGAUGGCGAUUCGGACACGGCGUCGGACAGCGACUCAUGCAGAGCUAGACCGACAACAACAGGACCAGGCCUGCCGAACCGCACCGGCUACUCCGCCGCCUACGUGUCCCCGCAGCAGUCCGGCUCGUCACCGUUGCUUCGCCGCACCCUGCGUCCCACCGUGAGCGCCUCCUCUUCCCUGGGCAACAACAUGCAGCAACCUUCCCCAGCACCGGCCGCACAACCGCGAUCCGUGUCCUUGGCGUCGUCUCCGGGCCCGUACGGGCUGCCCGCGGCGACGAUGGCAUCCCACGGCCUGGCAGCGGACGCGCACCCUGUCCGUGCACCGCAUGCGAUCCACAACGUUCUGCCGGGUGGCAGCAGCACCACCGUGCAGUACGCAUUCGGCUCACCGCGGCCGAGAACAGCGAUACCGGCUGCGGCGAUUGCGUCCGUGGAUCGAGAGAACGAGGGCCUCGUAAAAGCACUGGGUAUCCAGCAGGCAAGUCGAGCGAGCCGUGCAAGUCUCCAGGAUGCUGAUCAGCCCUCCUCCCUCCCUACCUCGCUUCCAUCGCCGCUGGGCUACGGCAUCUCGCGAAACCACGGUGAGGCCACGCUGGCAAAUCCGAAGGAAGCCACCGCACAGCACUUAGCGUCGGUGCCGCUGGCAGCAAACGAAGGGGCUGGUGUGGACACCGACCAGGCGGGUGCGCUCCGCAACAGCGCAAGCGGCGGCGUAGUGACGUCACCGCGGCCGCUGUACCCGUGGAGUAUCGAACACGACCCCCAGCGCGACUCGCAAUCCCGUGCGACGGUGCGCGAGGCGAUUCCCGCUCCACCGGCGCGGCGCUCGGCUGAGGCGGAGCACAACCGCACCGCGAGUUUGCCCACCGCCGCUGCUUUUGCUGCGACAUCUCUGCCGAGCUCAUGUCCGCGAGUCACCGCUAGCACGGCGAAGGGUUCACCAUGUGGCGUUGGUGACGGCGGUGACGGCGAUCGUUCUUCCUGGCCCUCCCCCCACGUCACACACGCGCGUACGUCGGCGCUCUCGUCCCCUUUGCACACCGCGGCUGUCGCGACGGAGUUGCAGGACAGGCUGCCGAAGCCGUCCCCUCGGCAGGACGACGCGCAUCGAGCCGUGCCGCACGGGCACACGGCCAGCGGUGAGGGGCCCCGAAUUAUGAAGUUGCGGCCCUUGCCGGGACAGCCCGGUAGUCCCACCGCAGCCGCUGGCUACGCGCCGGAAAUCGACGCGGCGGGUUCGCCGCAGCUGAUGGCACCGUCGGGGUCGCACGAGGCGCACACGGUUACCGGCCCUGCGACGGCGAGUGGGCACAGCGGCACUGUACAGUCCUUCGCGCGCGGCGAGUCGGAUUGCGUUUGCACCUCCUACGGCGUUUUGUUCGGUGGCGCGAUCGACCACUCGUUCGAGGAGGUGCCCCACAUGGGCACGCAGAGUACUUCGCACACAUCGGGGUCUGCUGCUGCUGCUGCUGCUGCCGCCGCACGAGGUCAAUACAACACGCCGAGUCAUCAACACCACGAGGACGUCGUGCAGGGCUCGUUCCUGUCACCGCCGUCGGGCCGCGCCACCUACUCCGCCACGACGGGGAGUGCGAACUACUUGACGCCCGUCGAUGCUUCCGCUACGCCCGACAGCAGCGAUGCCGGCGCCGCCGCUCCGCCUUCCGGCGCUCCGCUUCCUUCUUCCUCUCCCCUGACCGGUAAGAUGAACGGUCCACGCGUCACCAUGGCCCCUUUGCGGCUGUCCGCCUCGCAAGACGACGGACUGCGGCGCAGCGUGGCGGAGGAGUUGGACCCACCGCCGCAGUCACCCAACGCAGCGAUGGCGCUGGAGGUGAAGAAGCGGUUGAAGGGCCGGGUGACGCCGCGAUACAUGCUGGCGACGGAGGCGCACUCGCGGCGCACCAGCGGGCUGCCGCCGGAGGUGACGGGCGCGGGCGGACAGACGCAGUCACCGCAAUUUGAGACGCUUCGUGGGCACAACAGCAGAACGGCGGAGGAGAUGCUGGCGGAGGAGGAAGACUUCAUGAGUGCGUUUGCCAAGACAAAACGUGCUAUUUAA